GCCCGUUAAAAUGUGCGGAAAUAGUAGCCUACUAUAAGCAAAUAGUUACAUUGUAUCAUGCAGGUGAUACAAUUUUCUCACAGGGCUUUUGGUGCGGAAGUUGUAAUUUAAAACCUUCCACCGAUACUGCCAAGGAAAGAGAUUCAUCUUGAGGGGGGUUUAAAAUUGAGGAAAACACCAUUUUCCUUAUUGCUGACGCGGACUGGGAGCUGUAGCUACAUGCAGUAGCUUGGACUGCUACAUCCACCAUGUUUCUUUGGGUUUUAGUUUUAGGGGCCUUCGUUUCUAGAUCAGAAUGUUACUUUUCGGAGGAGAAAUAUCCAGAAGAAUCGAAAAUGCAGCCGCCAACGGUUGUUAUUGCGAUCAUUGCUCGGAACGCGGCGCAUUCCUUGCCUUACUACCUCGGAGCAUUGGAGAGACUGAACUAUCCCAAAGCACGCAUUUCUGUUUGGGCAGCGACAGAUCACAAUGCUGACAACACUACAGCUGUUCUGAGAGAAUGGCUGACAGUCAUGCAACAGUUUUAUCACUACGUGGAAUGGAGGCCUAUGGAGCAUCCUACGUCCUACCCAGGAGAGAUGGGGCCUAAAUACUGGAGCAACGGCAGAUAUGAAUACCUGAUGAAACUUAAACAGGCUGCUCUCAACUUCGCCAAGACACGCUGGGCUGACUACAUACUGUACGCUGACACAGACAACAUCCUGACCAACCCAGAGACUCUGAACCUUCUGAUAGCAGAGAACAAGUCUGUUGUGGCUCCCAUGCUGGACUCUCAGGGAGCCUACUCCAACUACUGGUGCGGCAUCACUCCCCAAGGUUACUACCGGCGUACAGCUGAGUAUUUCCCCACCAGACAGCGCCACCGGCUGGGCUGCUACCCGGUGCCCAUGGUCCACUCUACCUUCCUGCUGGACAUGAGGAAGACGGGUAUGAAGAAGCUGGCCUUCCACCCUCCUCACCUGGACUACUCCUGGCCCUUCGAUGACAUCAUCGUCUUCGCCUUCUCCUGCCGCGUCUCAGAGGUGCAGAUGUACCUGUGUAACAAGGUGAGGUAUGGUUACCUGAACGUCCCAGCCAAGCCUCACCACACCAUAGAAGACGACAGCAUCAGCUUUAGUCAUCUCAUCCUGGAGGCCACCAUCGAUGGCCCCCCCAUGGCCCCCUCCAAAUACGUGAGCCUCUUCCCCAAACAGAGAGACCUCAUGGGCUUCGAUGAGGUGUACCUGAUUAACCUGCGGCGUCGUCAGGACCGUAGAGACAGGAUGCUGUAUUCUCUCAAUGAGCUGGAGAUAGAUGUCAAGGUGGUGGACGCCAUCGAUGGAGGAGCUCUGAACAGCAGUGAUAUAAAGAUUCUGGGAGUGGACAUACUGCCUGGUUACUAUGACCCGUUCUCUCGCCGUACCCUGACCAAAGGAGAGGUGGGAUGCUUCCUGAGUCAUUACUACAUCUGGAAGGAGAUGGUAGACCAGCAGAUGGACAAGGCGCUGAUCUUUGAGGAUGACGUGCGUUUCCAGGCCAACUUCAAGCGGCGCGUAAUUCGUCUGAUGGAGGAGGUGGAGAUGGUGGAACUGGACUGGGACAUCAUUUACCUGGGCCGUAAGCAGGUGAAGCCAGGUGAUGAGGAGGUGGUGGAGAACGUGAGGAACCUGGUGGUAGCAGACUAUUCCUACUGGACCCUGUCCUAUGCCAUCUCUCUCCAGGGUGCCCAGAAACUGCUCAACGCUGAACCCCUCUCCAAGAUGCUGCCCGUCGACGAAUUCUUACCCAUCAUGUACGACAAACACACCAAUGAGAACUACAAGUCCCACUAUCCUAACCGUAACCUGCAGGCGUUCUCCACACGCCCCCUACUGGUGCAACCAGCCCAAUAUGCCGGGGACCCCAAGUGGGUGAGCGACACAGAGACCUCCACGUUGUGGGACGACGACAACGUGCGAACAGACUGGAGGGGCUCCCACAAGACGCUGAAGGGGGCUCCCCAACCCGACAUGCUGCAGACGUCAUAUAAAGAUGAGCUGUAGUCCAACCAUAUGUAUUCAUGCCUGAUUCACACUGCACAGCCAACCCCAUCCUUACUGCGCUGACUUGGAUAUGGUCUGUUCACGUUGUUCUUUUACAGCACGGUUCCAAAAACAACUGUGGAUGCAUAACCAGGCAGGUAGUGUUUGGUUUGACUCGGUAGUGUGAAAAGGGUUACUGGUUAUGGUGUCACUGCUGACUGUGCCAUUCAUCAGCGACACUUCAUUUCUCACUGUAUAAUUGGCCAUGUUGUAUUUGGUACGUCGGUCCAUAAUCACUGGGAGUGACUGAAUAUACAGACAGCAGUGAUGCUGGCGGAGGCUCUAUAGACUUGGUCAAGUGCCCCAAGACCUGAUUUCAAAGUGUGUGUGGGUUUGUUUGUGUGUGUUCAAAUCAAGUGAUGCAUGUUAGGAAUGGCAGCGUUUAUGGAAGGACACUCCUAUACUGUCAGACACCUUCAAGGGUUGGGGUCAAUUUCAAAUUGAAGGCAUUCAAUUCAGGAAGUAAACUGAAAUUACAUUUCAAUUAUGAAUCAUAUAUAUAUAUAUAGCACAGUUGGGGUCAAUUCCUAUUGAAGCCAGUCAAUUCAGGUAGUGAAUUGAAUUUAAAAUUAAUUAAAUAAAUAAGCUUCUACUUUUCAGUUUAUUAAGACGUGAUUGAAAAAAAUAAAAUAAAAUAAAUAAAUAAAUAUAUAUAUAUAUAUAUAUAUAAUCAAUAGGAAUGACCCCAACUGUGCUAUUGUGCACUGCAGAGCACUCCAGGGCCUGGGUGAGUGACCCUCGCUGUACAUCUAGUCACUGGGCGUCAGAAAACAGAAAUACAGGAGGAAACCAUUCUCUUUUAUAUCACAUUCUACUCAUUCUGUGUGGUAAUAUGUUAGGAGCAGUGUCUCUCUCUAGGCCUGACCUCAUGGUAGACUUACACCAGAUCAACAGUCCAGAGAGAAGCCUGCAAACCAUAUUCUCCUGACAUCAUUGAUGGUGUCAGUUGCCACGACAAUCAAGUUACAUUCUGACUGAGCUCAUCUAUAUUGGUUUGUGUUGAUGUAUUUUGUCUGUGUACAAAUUCUAUUAUUUGUACAAUUCAUAUGGACAGUUUUCCUAAUUUAUUUCUAGCAUUAUAUUGUGCUUUUUGAAUGCACAGUAUUAAACCCAAGUGCAAUGUCUUAAUUGUAGUGAAAUUCCCUCUUUGUCAAAUAAAUGACUAUACUGUACCUUGAUGCCAAGCAACUUUGAAGAUCAAAUGUUUUUCAAAAGUAGCACAUUUGGCAGAAGCUUUGUCAGUGCCAAAACUGUUCAAAGAUGGAUGUGACAAUGAUGUAACUAACUUUAUACAUGAUUAAAAAUCAACUUUUUCAAUUUUUA